AUGGGCGGCGAUAGGCGUUCUACAAGUAGAUACGGCGCCGCUACCGGGAACGCGUCGCGAAGCCACGCAAAAUGGGCUUCCGAUUCGUGUUCUCCGUACACCUUAUUCCGUAAUAGCUUACAUGAUGCCAUAAUCGAUGCAUAUCUACAAAGCAAUAUUUCACGACAAGAAGGUUUGACCCGUGAUCAGUUGGUUGCCGUUGCAGAGAAGCCUGUGUCGGAGCAUUUUCAUAGUUAUCUUUGCUGCUCUAUAUGUUACGAGAAUGCGCUCAUUUGUGCUGUUGGUACAUGUACACACGUGUUGUGUUUCCUUUGUAUGAUGCGCUUAAAGAAUUUUUAUGACGAUUGUAAUGUCUACGAAUGUUCCUACUGCAAGCAAGAGUCUGACGUUCUCGUUGUAUGCGCAAACCCUUUUUUCGCGCAUUUAUGCGUUGACUCCACACUAUACACGCACAAUGGCACAGCCGAGCUAAGCAGCUGGGGUCUGGAGACAUUGUUGCGUAUACUGGGGGUUGACACAUCAGAUGAUCGAAGCUUACUAUCGCGAGAUAUCGUCAAUGUCAAGGAGUUUCACCAUAUAUUUAUCGAAUCAGCUAAGAAGAUGAGCGCACGUGCGAUGAAAUCGUUCAAUACGAAUAUGCAACAACUGCUGCAUAAAACUCAACAGUUGUCAAUUGAGAAACCUGAGCAACGUGAGCCGUUUCACCACGUAUACAACGUACGGCACCCUCGACCACGAGUCCAAGGAGGCAUGGUGUUUGUUGGUGCCCAUCGCAUGUUGUUUGAGAGCCCAAGUAUAUAUUUGUUGUUCCGAGCGGUGGGAACUGCCGUGUGUUGGGCCCCUGACUGCAAAUCAUUAUGGAAUUCUUCUUCGUUAUCGACGAUGGAGGAUAUAGACAAGGCCGUUGAGGUUUUGGCGAAAAGUCGUUAUGGGUCAUAUAUGUCGUUGAGCAAGCACUUAAAGUCCAAGCAUGGCCUAGUGAUCUGCGACAUUUGUCAUCGACAUUUCUGCUUUAAGAGGUUUAUAUGCGAGAUGCCGUUAUACAGGCUUCAAGACAUCAAGAACCACGUUAAGCAAGGUGAUCCAGAUGAGGUCCCACCAAUUCCAGCACAUGUGAUUUGCAGCGGAUGCAAUCGUUUACAGUGGGACCUUGCGGAACUAAAAAGCCAUGCCAAAAUGGAUCACUUCUUUUGCAAUUUGUGUGAUUCUGAGGGAUCAUCGUGCGAGAUAUAUACUGAUUAUGAUACUUUGUUCAGUCAUUUUAGAACGUAUCACUAUCCGUGUGAAGAACAGGAUUGCAUGUUCGUAGUAUUUCCAGACGACAUACAGUUACAACUUCACUAUAUGUCCAAGCACCCUCAUAGACAGCGACCAUCUACGCCGCGCAAACCUAAAGUACCUCCGAGAGUCGCCGGAGACCAAGUUCCGGGGACCAAGCCAACAAAACACAUCUGCCCGCUUCCCAGCAACUGCUUACCAUGGGAUGGUAAUAUUCGUAUCAUACGGGAAGCUGAGCCUCCGCGUGAGGACCAUGUGUCGUUGCCAGAGAAGGCACCCGUUUCUAAGGAGUUCGAGGAAUGGUUGAGAAAGCAUCCCUACUUAACGGAUCCUCAGCUAAGUGGUAUCGACAAAAGUCAGGAACUGUUUGAUGUCUACGUAAAAAGUUUGAUAAACCUUAACCUCGAUUCCACGGUUAAAGAAUUCGAUUACGAUACGUUCAAUGUGAAGUGCGCGGUCCGUGUGAUGAAUGAUUUGCAGCGUGUUCUAGAAAUUCUAAAGUCAGGGUCCAUUCCUGUUACUGGAGUUGUAGACCACUUGCCCUCAGAUUUUCGGUCGCAUAUGGAUGAUUUGUUGGUUGAACUCCGUUCGAAGUACAACUCCUUAGUUGAUUCAUCUAUCUCAUGUUAUUCACCCGCCGAACGUCCCACGACACUCCUGGAUGUUGUAAAGAGCUCAUUAGCUUCCGUUCUUGUUUUUGUCUACAGCAUCGAUUUUCACGAAGGCGUGAAAUUGCCACGUUCGGUUAGACCUUUGUCAGAAGAGCACCGCGCCUCUCCUAACGCACUGAUAUUGCUGAAUACGUUAGAGGAGAUGAUUCAAUCUACGAAUAGGAUUUUAAUUAAACAGUCAUUUGAUUGGGUGAUCAAAUCUUUGGAUACCGCUGUUAGAAGUGCUUCUGCUACAAAACAGCCAUCAGCUUCUCUUUCUGCCAUGGUGAGCAAGAAAACGAAGCAAAGGAUUGGAUUUUCUUUAGACAUGCUCGAUCCUGGGCGCAACCUUGCGAAGGAAAUCGGUCAACACAAACAGCAGAAACGACAACAACAGAUUGCACAAAAGUUAGAACGCAAGACUACGGCUUGGGGCAAAGUACCAGAAGCAAUACCACAACCUGUGCCUAAGGCGAUGCCUGAGCCGGUGGCACCAUCGUCGCCGGUACUGGAUUCUGAGCCUGCCCCGAAUACGGAAUCACCUGUGGUGGAAAAUGAGAUCUAUGUGAUGUCGGUCGAGGAAAGUUUCAAGCAAAGUGUGAAUCUCGACUUCUUUACUGCAAUGAUUAACGUCAUUCGAAGCGCUCUUUCUGCAAACGCCUCAAAGUACCAGGCAUUGUCUACCGACUACCGCUUGCGUGGAACCCUGCGUAUGAAGCUCGACCAGCUGGUUAUGUCUGGACCUCGUAGGUUCACGUUGUUAUCUGAGUUUGUACCUAUGCAAGUUCUCGAAUUGCUCCAGGCGCUUGAACCUGAGUUUUACCGUUUGGUUAAGGAGGCCAAAUACUCGGACAUUGAUGCUUUGGCUAAAACGUGGAGCUCACGUUGUGCAUAUGCCCUACGCCGAUGCCGUAUAGAGCAUCUUGAGAUCAUCGACUACUAUCUUAAUGCUAAAACUACGGCAAUGGCGUUGCUCAAUGACUCUGAGUUUCCGGUUCUCGGAGACGGGAAUGCCCAGCAGCACACCAAAACUCGGCGUAACUACGCUCAGGCGCUAAACGUUCAGUCUUCGUCGAAGUUUGUGUUACUGGAUUCCGAGUUUCCAGCACUGAGAUAG